GUAUAAAUAACAUAUAUGAUAUAUCUCAGCACUAAGUUGCUUUUUUACAUCGUCUCUCUUCUUUUCUCUCUCCUCUUCUUGCUUCACGUUACGCACGCAGAGUCUAUUCGGACUCCGCCUUCGCUUCGAUUCAUCUCGUUCUUGUUUAUGAGCUCGAAGGAGAGACCCACUCUCGGUGGUACGCGGAUUAAGACCCGCAAACGGAAUAUUGCAGCGCCGCUGGACCCUGCGGCAUUUUCGGAUGCAGUGGUCCAGAUUUAUCUGGAUAAUGCUGGUGAUCUGGAACUUGUUGCUAAGAGCAUUGAAUCCUCAGAUCUAAAUUUCUCAAGAUACGGUGACACCUUUUUUGAGGUUGUCUUUACAGGGGGCCGUACUCAACCAGGCACAACUAAACCGGAUGAAGGGGAGCGCCAUCCUUACUCUAUAAUUGAUUGUGAGCCAAAACGGGAAGUCAUUUUACCAUCUGUGAUAUAUAUUCAAAAGAUCCUGAGGAGAAAACCCUUCCUUAUAAAGAAUCUUGAAAAUGUUAUGCAAAGAUUCUUGCAGUCAUUGGAGCUUUUCGAGGAAAAUGAAAGCAAGAAGCUGGCAAUUUUCACCGCUCUUGCUUUUUCCCAGAAAUUGUCUGGUCUCCCUCCAGAGAUUGUUUUCCAGCCACUACUCAAAGAUAACCUUGUUGCAAAAGGGCUAGUUCUUUCAUUCAUGACUGAUUUCUUCAGGGAAUAUUUGAUUCACAAUAGUCUUGAUGAUUUGAUUCUAAUCCUGAAGCGGGGUAAAGUGGAGGACAAUCUUUUGGACUUUUUCCCGUCUGCAAAGCGGACACCAGAGGCCGUCUCUGAGCAUUUCACUAAUGCAGGGCUUCUACCCUUAGUUGAAUAUAAUGAGAAGAAGAUAUUCGAAAUGAAGCUGAAGGAAAUGAAAUCUAUGCUAACAAGCCAGAUAGCAGAGGAAGCUGAUAUAUCUGAAGUCAUAGUAACUGUGAAGCAACAUGUCAAAGACGCAAAAUUGCCAGAUAUUGAGGUUGUCAGGAUUCUUUGGGAUGUGAUGAUGGAUGCUGUGCAGUGGUCUGGAAAGAAUCAGCAGCAGAAUGCUAAUGCAGCUCUUCAUCAGGUGAAAACAUGGGCAAAAUUACUUAAUACUUUCUGCACCACUGGAAAGCUAGAGCUGGAACUCCUUUACAAGGUUCAGGUCCAGUGCUAUGAUGACACAAAAUUGAUGAAGUUGUUUCCAGAAAUUAUAAAGUCACUUUAUCAUCAGGAUGUACUUGCAGAAGGUACCAUUCUUCACUGGUUUCGUAAAGGAACAAACCCAAAGGGCAGGCAAAGCUUUGUGAAGGCAUUGGAGCCCUUUGUAAAAUGGCUGGAGGAAGCAGAAGAGGAGGAAUAAGUUUGUAAUGAUUUUGCACCUACCUUGUUUCGAGUAGGUGCUCUCUUCUGUUGAAUGAAUGUCGACUCCUUUAACAAUGUUCGUCAAAAAAUGCUUAUAUGUCCGUAUAAUUAAAGAUUUUAUUCGCGUCUUGAUGUUAUGGUUGAAAAAUACCUGAUGUAUGCUUUACUAGAAUAAAGAGCAGAUUCUGUUUAGUUUUUCUUUA